AGCACGACCCUGAAACAAUUCCAAACCCUUGCCGACCCAAAUUACUUCGACUCUGAACGUCAAGCAUGGAAGGCUAUCGUCUAUCUCAACUUCAUUCGCAGCACGCGAAUCCUGCUCGCCCUCACGGCCCGCUAUCUUAGCUCUGAACAGACAAGGGAAAAGUACAAUCUCGUCGACGGAUUCCGUCAAACGUCCGUCCGUUUCAAGGAACUUAAACUACGUCUCUCCCCCUUACUUCGGGUGGAGAAGGAAAUCGUCCGUGCUAUGGGAUUUCCUGACGAUAACUUCAUCCCAUCUUCCAUCGGACCUGAGUUCAUGAAAGUGGAUCCACAACCGGAGUAUUAUUUCUUUUCGAAGAACUGGAUGAAGAAACCCCUAGGACAACAUGGUGGUGCUACGGGGGGUUCUGAGGGGAGGACUGUGCCCUAUGAAGAUCCUUCGGAUUAUGUCGUCGCGCUUGCGCAAGACGUAAAGGAGGUCUGGGAGAUGCCUGUCGUGAAGGAGGCUUUGGCUUACUGUCGCGUCCGGUUAGAGGAAUAUGGAGGGUUUUUCCUCAAUGAUAUAGACAGGAUCGCCCAACCAGAGUAUUUACCCACUAAUGACGAUAUAAUACGAUGCCGGAUAAAGACACUAGGAGCAUCCGCCCAUUACAUACCAGCGAAAUCAAAAAACCCGCUAAUCAAACCAAAGACAUUCAGAAUUUACGACGUUGGAGGAUCACGGAGUCAAAGAGCGGCCUGGGUCCCGUAUUUCGAAAAUCUAAACCUAAUCGUCUUCCUCCUGCCUUUGUCUGCUUUUGACCAAUUCCUGGAGGAGGAUCCACAUGUCAAUCGGCUCAAGGAUUCCCUUGAUCUUUGGAAGAGCAUCGUGACGAAUCCCGCCAUCCUUAAUGUACCUAUUGCUCUGCUGAUCAACAAAUGUGAUCUAGCAAAAGCUAAACUUGCUGAAGGCGUCGACAUUCGGACGUAUAUCACAUCGUAUCAAGGCCCAAAUACCUUCGACGGUCUUGUGGACUACAUCAAGCCGAGGCUCCAGAAACUCUGCCUAAAGGUGAAUCCGCGUCGGACUCUUUACGUGUACUACACGGUUGUGAGCGACUGCGAAAAGGCGGGGUCAUUAGUUAACAGCCUUCACGAUCUCAUUGUCCGACAUUCGAUUGAACAGGCAACAAACUUUGGAGAUGUCUGCUGAGUUUAGGAUGCUCUAAUGAUGCUGAGCAAUGUUAUGGCUUUUUAUUAUGG